CUCAGCGCUUCGGCGGAGGAGGUGUUCCUGGUGGCCAUCUUGGAUGCGCGGAGUGAUUGUUUGGCGAAUAGAAAUAAUAGGAAAUAAAAAUAAAGCCUGGAAAGUUGGGCUGUGGUGGCCGGAACACACGGUGAAAUUAAAGGGAGGGAGGUGAACACUCAGGAAGACCAGUGAAGAAGGCAUGAAGACAGCAUCCUAGUCAAGUCAUGGCUGAUAAAAGAAAAUUACAAGGUGAAAUCGAUCGAUGUCUAAAAAAAGUAGCAGAAGGAGUGGAGCAGUUUGAAGACAUCUGGCAAAAGCUUCACAAUGCAGCCAACGCCAACCAAAAAGAGAAAUAUGAGGCUGACCUCAAGAAAGAGAUUAAAAAGUUACAGCGCCUUCGAGACCAGAUUAAGACGUGGGUGGCCUCCAAUGAGAUCAAAGACAAAAGGCAGCUAGUGGACAACCGCAAACUCAUAGAGACGCAAAUGGAGCGAUUUAAAAUCGUGGAGCGGGAAACAAAAACAAAAGCGUACUCCAAAGAGGGACUCGGCCUGGCUCAGAAAGUAGAUCCUGCACAAAAAGAAAAGGAAGAGGUCGGACAGUGGCUCACGGCAACGAUAGACACUUUAAACAUGCAGGUGGACCAGUUUGAGAGUGAGGUGGAAUCGCUCUCAGUACAGACGAGGAAAAAGAAAGGAGAUAAAGAGAAGCAGGACCGGAUAGAGGAGCUAAAGCGGUUGAUAGAGCGGCAUCGCUACCACAUCCGCAUGCUGGAGACCAUACUGAGAAUGCUGGACAAUGACUCGAUACAAGUUGACUCAAUCCGCAAGAUCAAAGACGAUGUAGAGUACUACCUAGACUCCUCUCAGGACCCUGACUUUGAAGAAAACGAGUUCCUCUAUGAUGACCUGGAUCUGGAGGAUCUGCCCCAAGUGGUUGCCACGUCUCCACCAGCUCACACAGAAGACGAAGCCUUCCAGCACUCCAGUUCCACGCCGACCUCCACCACCUCAUCUUCCCCCAUCCCCCCAUCUCCAGCUACUUGCACUACGAAUUCGGAGGAUGACAAGAAGCGAGGGCGUUCCACUGACAGCGAAUUCAGCCAGUCUCCUGUGAAAAAUGGCAACCCAUCAUCUUUCUCUUCAUCCUCAUCAUCAUCCUCAUCCUCCUCAUCCUCCUCAUCCUCGGGAGCCUCUUCAACCUCAGUGGUUUCCAUGGCGUCCAUGGUGACCAUUGCCGGUGGCGGGAGCUCGGCGACUGUGGGCAACAGUCUCUUGGGCAGUAUGGGUGGCCUCCUUCCGAACUCUUGCAGCUACAGUUCUGCCAUCCAGCAGCAAACCCAGCAGAGCCAGCAGCAACAGCACCAGCCUAAAAACGCCAUCACCUCCCAAUCCAGCCUUAUCUCCACCCCAUCCAACAAUAUCCUCCUGCCCACCCCCACCUCCACAUCGUCCCCACCCAACACCAGCACACCCAGCCUCCCGGUGCAGCCUCCAAUGGGGCAUAAUUCAGUUUCCAGUCUGGGCCACAGCCUGGGCUUGGGCCUGGGGAAGAGUGGCGUUACGGCGACAAGUGGUGCUAGCCAAAUGUCCAGCCUUGGCCUUUCAGCGCUGUCUGUUUCCAUGAACAGCAUGGGUGGGCUCCUGCAGCGCUCCACUUCAGCACCUUACGCCCAGGCUGCUGCCUCCGGUACGGUGACCACCGGCUUACUGGGACCGGUUGGGGCGAACGCCAACAGCACAAACUCUAGCGGAGUGGUGGGUUCUGUAGGAACUAACGGAGGGAUCUCCUCCGUCAGCCUGUUGGGCCCGGCACCGGGUGUUACGGGUAUCGGCGGUGGGGUUUUAGGUCUCGGGUCCACACAGGCUGCUGUGCAGCCUUUGCCCCUGGUGCCACCCAGCCCUGUGGGAGGGGGCCUGACGCAGGGGAUCAGUGUAGGUGUAAUCGGGAGCAAUAGUGGAAACUCCGGGUCAGGAAGCACAGCAAAUGUGGGAAGUGCUGGACUUCCCAGGCCACCAAGUGGACAGAAGCAGAACGGCGGCACAACCUACAGUGCCAUAGUAGCAGAUAGCACAUCAGACUCCGCCCUCAACAGUGCCAGCCAAUCACAAAACAGCCAAGCCUCAUCCUUAAAUUCCACAACCAGUCUGCCUGAAUCGUCUUUCUUCACUGCCAGUAUGGACAGUGGGUCCAGCCUUCUGGGGACGAUGACUCUCCCUCCCAGUUCACCCUCACCCUCCUACAGCGAGAGUAAACCAAGUGGAGGCAGUCUGCUCAAUGGGCCUAACUCCUACACACAGGCUGCUGAUGCCAUCAAGCCCCCAGAGCUACCGAGUUCUCUGAAAUCAAUGGCAGAAAGGGCAGCUCAGGGCUCAGGUUUAGAGGGAGAACUCUCUGCACUACAUCUCACUGGAGAUAUUUUCCCCAACUCAACACCCCCCACUGUUCCCCCAGCAGCACCUCAGCCUUCUCUGUCGGAGGUGAACAUUCCUCCGUCACUGGGGGUCUGUCCUCUAGGCCCUGUCCCCCUCACCAAAGAGCAGCUCUACCAGCAAGCCAUGCAGGAGUCAGCCUGGACGCACAUGCCACACCCUUCCGACUCAGAGAGGAUCAGGCAGUACUUGAUGAGGAACCCCUGUCCCACAUUGCCUUUCCACCACCAGGUGCCGCCACCUCACUCAGAUUCUGUGGAGUUCUAUCAGAGGUUGUCCACAGAGACCCUCUUCUUUAUCUUCUACUACCUAGAGGGCACAAAAGCUCAGUAUCUGGCAGCCAAGGCCUUGAAAAAACAGUCCUGGAGGUUCCACACAAAAUACAUGAUGUGGUUCCAAAGGCACGAAGAGCCUAAGACCAUCACUGAUGAGUUUGAGCAGGGAACAUACAUUUACUUCGACUAUGAGAAGUGGGGCCAGAGGAAAAAAGAAGGAUUCACAUUUGAGUACAGGUACCUCGAGGACCGGGACCUCCAGUGACAGACGGAAAAUACGAACUGCAGACUACUGUCAACAUUCCUGGACUGAAUCCACACUCUCACACACGCUGGUGGGGUGACCCGGAUGCUUUUGCGAGGCUGUUUUACGCCUCGUUGGUGCAUAUUGCCUUCAGAGCUUCUCCCACUACCUACAAACUCCACUUGCCCAGUACAAAUCCAGUUCUCCUCUCUUGAAAAGUUCAGUUUCUCACCUCAGCUUGAACACGUGUUACUUCUUCUCGCCUUCUUUUGGUACCCAUGCGUCUAAAAACAAAAAAAAACAUUACAGAGCCAAAGAGAAACGAGCCUUUCAAAAUGUAGUCCAGCCAAGCAAACAAUAUACAGGAAAAUACGAUCAUAACUAAAAGUGUUCAUUAGGAUCAGAGGGUCGUGUUGUGCACGGGCCAACGUAAAAUACCAGUUAUAGCACAACUAAAUAAUGUGUUGUAGGAGACCAAAUCCAGGUCCUCUUUCUCAAAACUGCUGUUACUGUUUUGCAGCUGGAUAAACCAAACCAGCCUGCAGAUAACUGCUGUUCCCAUCAUUGAUGAUUCCAUUUCCUCCCAUUACUAUAACAUUCUCUUUAGCCUUUUUAAUAAAAUGGGAGUUUUUUUUUUUUUUAAGUGAUGGGUUGACUACAGUCACAAUCACAAGCUAAUCAAAUGUAAUCUAUUUACUGGUAAAGUUACUGUAAUACCUGGCCCACAGUUCUUGCUGAUGUCCUAAACGAGGUUUAGAACAGAUAUAAAAAAACUGCACCAGCACUAAAAUCUCUCUCAUAGUUUUGUUUGUACAUGUGUCAGAAACAAUACAAAAGAGCAGCUCUCUCAAACUGGACAUGUAAUCAUCAGAAAGGCUGAGUAAACAGUGACCGUAGUCUCAUUAUUUCAAUUAUGACUUCUGUAAUACUAUGUAAGAAUCAUGUCUUUAUUUGGGCUGAUAAAGGGGAAACGAGCGGGGUCCUCAGGUCCGGAUACAGUUCAGAACAGGAACUUAACAUCUCGUAAAGAGUUCUGAAAGUCCCUACUCCUUUCCCCUUUAUCUGGCAGUAAUCCAUGCCAUUUCAUAAGUCAACUCAGUUAUGACAUUAUGGCAUCACAAACCUUUCAUUAACGCAGACUAUCAGGCGCACGUAGACGUCCAGCAAUUAUGGAUUUCCUUUAAAUCAGUUGAGAUGUGGUGUCUCAUACCCAGAUGACAAGUGGCCAUGCACCCCGUCUAGUACCUUUUUUCUUUUUUUUUUGUUGUAUUUUUUCUGUUACGUUUACCUUUUUCUGGCGAGCGUACGCUAUGGAAGAAAACUGAAAUGUGAAUUAUAAAAUAUUUUUUUCCUAAUUGGAAAAAGUGAUGUACAGAACAUUCUUCCACCUCCUGUCUUUUUUCCCCGUUUUAAACUGAACAGCAUGGAAAAUGACACUUGCAAAGUGGACUGGAGUUAAAAAAAAGUCAUUACACAAGAAAUUACAAUGGAAAAUAAAGGAUUGUAAAAUAUUAAUAAAGGAAUUACUUUUCAAAAAAAAAA